AUGUCAAAUAUUAUUCUUUCUACAUGCGACACACCUUUGGACCUCAAGUUGCUUGGACACAAUGAGAACGACCUGGUAUACUGGCUCCAGACGAAGGGGCAUGAAACCCUUCCAGAAUCUCUCUUUACCGCAGCUUCCGUGCUUUUUGGAUUGGUCGAUCCUCUUGAUAUUAAGACUCUCAUUGAAGUGAGCCUCAAGGAGGAUGCGACGCAGACAGGCCUCCACCAUGAAGAGGAAAGUUGCUUGGAAUACCUCAAGCGAGGAGGGCGUUUGUUGAUGGAGGAGCGAAUGGAUCGGGCUCAGAUAGAAGUAUCAUUGUUCAGUAGCGCUAUUGCGAACUUAUGUGAAGAGUUAAACGCUAGAUGUCACCCAACUCCAUGUCGUACUGAUCCAAAGAAGGUGGCCACGCCCAAAGCUGUUGGAUCUGUGGGAGCACACCAAUCAUCCAUCUCAGUCAGUUGUUUCCAACCUACAAAGGCCGUUCAAGACAAAUGCCAUGCAUGGCUUCGCACGUCGUCGCAAUCUCAAGAUAUCACGCGAGAUUCCAAUGCUGGCCGAAUACUUCGUGAUUUCCCCUCAACUUUACAAUGCCCCUGUCUUCACGACCAUGUCCUAAGGCCCGACGAUCAAUUCAUCCCCCUCCCUCAUGUGAUGAAAACUUGGGUCGAUAACUUCACAUAUGGUGCAUACAUGAGCGCAUCAUUAGCAGAAUCUAACGAACCCCUAUGCCUCGACCACAGCAACAGUUUCACAACAAAGGAGUUCAAAUCAGUGGGUAUGCUCAAGUCUGAUUUCCACAUUCUGGACUUGAAGAAGCAACGCGCCCAGUCCGAAGUUGACAUGUUGUCUGAAGCCAUUGCACGUAUCGCCGAGUUCCAUCACAAUGAUGACGGCACCACUGAGACGGAUGAAUCAGAUUCAUCCGAUGAUUGGUCCGAUGAUUGGAUGUCAACCUCGUAUACAUCUUCCCCUUCCUUGUCACUCUCUUGA